GUAAGUUGCUUCCGUUUCCGUUUCGCCAUUGGGAAACGUUCUGCGAACACCGUGGGUAACGAAAAGUCUAGAAACAGUACAAGUCGUUUUAUUCAAUGUCAUUUGGGUUGGCAGAAGAAAAGAAACACAAAAGUAAAGUAACAGCAGACAACAUUGACAGUUCGCUGUCAAACAGCUGAAUAAAGUGAUAGAUCUUCCCCAGCAUGUCUCUGCCCAAGCGGGAGGUAGAUGAGCUGAGGCCAUGGGUGGAGCGCACCGUGAAGAAGGUCCUUGGAUUUUCUGAACCCACUGUAGUCACUGCAGCACUUCACUGUGUGGGUAAAGGGCUAGACAAGAGAAAAACUACAGACCAGCUAAGGCCUUUUCUUGACGACUCGGCAAGUAGUUUUGUAGAGCGUCUGUUUGAAGCCUUGGAGGAAAGCAGAAACUCUCGUGGCAAUAAAGGUUCUGGAGAGAAGAACCGCAAAAGAGAACUAAAGGAGGUGUUUGGAGAUGAAGUGGAAGGAGUGAAGGAUGGAGCGAGUGUAGAAUCGGCAACAAAAAGGAAGAGGGUUCCGCGCUUUGAGGAGGUGGAGGAACCAGCUGUUUUACCUGGACCCCCAACAGAGAGCCCCGGCAUGCUUACAAAGAUGCAGAUCAAGCAGAUGAUGGAAGCAGCCACACGACAGAUUGAGGAAAGAAAGAAACAGCUGAGUUUCGUGGCUCCUGUCCCAAUUGUACAGACAGACCCCAGUACACCACGUCCCAACCUUUCAGCGGUGGGAUCGGCCCAGUCCAUCGCCCCCUCCCAGGCUGCUAACUUCAUGAAUGAUGCUAUAGAAAAGGCUCGCAAGGCAGCCGAAUUGCAGGCCAAGAUCCAGUCCACGCUGGCCAUGAAACCAGGAAUUCUGGGUACUUUGAAUAACACAGGGUCGCAUAACCUAGUAGCUUUGGCCAACCUGCAUGCGAUGGGCAUCGCUCCACCUAAGGUGGAACCUCGUGAGGUUUCAAAGCCUACGCCCCUCAUUUUGGACGAGCUCGGAAGAACCGUCGAUGCCAGUGGCAAAGAAAUCGAGCUCACACAUCGCAUGCCCACCCUGAAAGCAAACAUCAGAGCAGUGAAGAGAGAGCAGUUUCGGCAGCAGUUAAAGGAAAAGCCUGCCGAUGAUAUGGAGUCCACAUCUUAUUUCGACCCACGUGUGCCCCUCGUUCCUGCACAGAGAGCAAAGAAAGGCUUUAGAUUCCACGAACAGGGCCGCUUUGAGAAGAUCGCCCAGCGGAUACGCACAAAGGCUCAGCUAGAGAAGCUACAGAUGGAGAUCGCUCAAGCUGCCAAGAAGACGGGCAUUCAGGCCUCCACUAAACUGGCUCUUAUUGCUCCUAAGAAGGAGCUGGGGGAUGGGGAGGUUCCUCGAAUUGAGUGGUGGGACUCCUACAUCCUGCCAUCCAACAUAAAACUAUCUGCUCGGAUGAUGGUUGAUGAGAUUGAGUUGCAUGGAGUCACCAAUUUGGUCGAGCACCCAUCUCAGAUGGCCCCACCAGUGGACACUGAUAAGCCAGUGACUCUAGGUGUGUAUUUGACUAAGAAGGAGCAGAAAAAGUUGAGGAGGCAGACACGCAGAGAAGGACAGAAAGAGCUGCAGGAGAAGGUCCGACUGGGCCUCAUGCCUCCACCUGAACCCAAAGUACGAAUCUCUAAUCUGAUGAGGGUUUUGGGGACGGAGGCAGUGCAGGAUCCCACUAAAGUGGAGGCUCAUGUUAGAGCACAAAUGGCCAAGAGACAGAAGGCCCACGAGGAGGCGAACGCAGCACGUAAACUCACAGCAGAGCAGAGGAAAGAGAAGAAGGUGAAGAAACUGAAGGAGGAUUUGAGUCACGGGGUUUACAUCGCUGUUUACAGAAUCCGAAAUCUUUAUAACCCAGCCAAGAAGUUUAAGGUGGAGGCCAAUGCAAACCAGCUGUAUCUCACUGGCACUGUGGUCCUACACAAAGACGUCAACAUUGUAGUUGUGGAAGGAGGACCCAAGGCGCAAAAGAAGUUUAAACGGCUGAUGUUGAAUAGGAUUAAAUGGGAUGAGCCGAACUCAAAGAGAGAUGAGCCUGAAGGUUCGGAUGAUGAGGGUUCGAGGAAGCAUAACAAGUGUUCCUUGGUUUGGGAGGGGACAGCCAAGGAACGCAGUUAUGGGGAGGUUAAGUUUAAGCAGUGCCCUACAGAGAACAUGGCUCGGGAACAUUUUAAGAAGCACGGCACCGAGCAUUACUGGGACUUGGCUCUGAGUCAGAGCGUGCUGGAGACAACUGAUGACUGAAACAUCACCAAAACUAAGCAGAAACAUCGGACACGAAAGAACAUAACAAAGCCUGCAGCGCGUGCACACUUGCACAACUGAUUUGGUGUUUGAGAGGUGAAAUAGACUGUUGAGAGAAAUGUGCGUGUGUAAAUAUAGAAUAAGUGUGUGAGAGAACAAUUUGCGUUAUUACAUAACAAGUGUCUGUGAAACAAUGAAUGGCUUAACAACAAGAGCUGGUGGGAUGAACCAUGUCGUUGCCUCUAUGUGGCAGAACACAAUAAUAGCUGCAUAUUGAAUAAGGAUGGACACAUUGAGUUUGUCACCCUUGUAACAGUUUUAUAGUGUAGGCUGUGCAGUUUGUGAUGACUUUCAAUGGCUUCCACACUUAUCUUGAUUCAGGACUGUAGUAACACUCCUGAGGUAUGCAGUUACCAGACACUGUAGUUUUGGUACUCUGUGACUGGAUGUGUUUCAGUGUACAAAUAAAAGCAUUGGUUUCUGUAUAACACACAGGAGUUGCUUUUAAAGUCUUGCAGUGGAACGUCUUGUCUGUAGAAUGGAAUUUUAUUUUUAUUUUGGCUCACCUUUAUGACCAGAUAAAAAAUUACCAGGCUUAACCAGUUGUGGCAGUUUAUUGGUUUUUUUUGCUUUCCCCAUGUUUUAUUUUUGUCAAGGACUCAAAUGAAGAUCUCUUGAAAUGUACAUAAACUGCAACCAACUAAAUGAGGGCCAUUAAAGCUGGGAAAAAAUCA